AGUCAAGCUAGCUUCAACAAAAAGGGAGAAUUUGUUGUACAGGACACAAGACUCUACUAUAGAACCUAAAGUGUCCUCUGGGAUCUCUUACAGCUUGGAAACAGAGAUCAUGUCACAUCUGGUGGACCCUACAUCAGGAGACUUGCCAGUUAGAGACAUAGAUGCUAUUCCUCUGGUGCUACCAGCCUCAAAAGGUAAGAAUAUGAAAACUCAACCACCCUUGAGCAGGAUGAACCGGGAGGAAUUAGAGGACAGUUUCUUUCGACUUCGCGAAGAUCACAUGUUGGUGAAGGAGCUUUCUUGGAAGCAACAGGAUGAGAUCAAAAGGCUGAGGACGACCUUGCUGCGGUUGACCGCUGCUGGCCGGGACCUGCGGGUCUCGGAGGAGGCGGCGCCGCUCUCGGAGACCGCAAGGCGCGGGCAGAACGCGGGAUGGCGGCAGCGCCUCUCCAUGCACCAGCGCCCCCAGAUGCACCGACUGCAAGGGCAUUUCCACCGCGUCGGCCCUGCCGGCCCCCGCCGCGCCCAGCCUCGCGUCCACGUGGGACACAGACAGCUCCACACAGCCGGUGCACCGGUGCCGGAGAAACCCAACAGGGGGCCAAGGGACAGGCUGAGCUACACAGCCCCUCCGUCGUUUAAGGAGCAUGCGACAAAUGAAAACAGAGGUGAAGUAGCCAGUGAACCCAGCGAACUUGCCCACAUCAUGGCCAGCAAUACCAUGCGAGUGGAAGAGCCACCCAAGUCUCCUGAGAAAAUGUGGCCUAAAGAUGAACAUUCUGAACAGAGAAGCUCAUUGGAGUGUGCUCAGAAGGUUGCAGAGCUUCGAGCUUCCAUUAAAGAGAAGGUAGAGCUGAUUCGACUUAAGAAGCUCUUACAUGAAAGAAAUGCUUCAUUGGUUAUGACAAAAGCACAAUUAACAGAAGUUCAAGAGGCAUACGAAACCUUGCUCCAGAAGAAUCAGGGAAUCCUGAGUGCAGCCCAUGAGGCCCUCCUCAAGCAAGUGAAUGAGCUCAGGGCAGAGCUGAAGGAAGAAAGCAAGAAGGCUGUGAGCUUGAAGAGCCAACUGGAAGAUGUGUCUAUCUUGCAGAUGACUCUGAAGGAGUUUCAGGAGAGAGUUGAAGAUUUGGAAAAAGAACGAAAAUUGCUGAAUGACAAUUAUGACAAACUCUUAGAAAGCAUGCUGGACAGCAGUGACAGCUCUAGUCAGCCCCACUGGAGCAACGAGCUCAUAGCAGAACAGCUACAGCAGCAAGUCUCUCAGCUGCAGGAUCAGCUGGAUGCUGAGCUGGAGGAGAAAAGAAAAGUUUUACUUGAGCUGUCCAGGGAGAAAGCCCAAAAUGAGGAUCUGAAGCUUGAAGUCACCAACAUACUUCAGAAGCAUAAACAGGAAGUAGAGCUCCUCCAAAAUGCAGCCACAAUUUCCCAACCUCCUGACAGGCAAUCUGAACCAGCCACUCACCCAGCUGUAUUGCAAGAGAACACUGAGAUCGAGCCAAGUGAACCCGAAAACCAAGAAGAAAAGAAACUCUCCCAGGUGCUAAAUGAGUUGCAAGUAUCACAUGCAGAGACCACAUUGGAACUAGAAAAGACCAGGGACAUGCUUAUCCUGCAGCGCAAAAUCAACGUGUGUUAUCAGGAGGAACUGGAGGCAAUGAUGACAAAAGCUGACAAUGAUAAUAGAGAUCACAAAGAAAAGCUGGAGAGGUUGACUCGACUACUAGACCUUAAGAAUAACCGUAUCAAGCAGCUGGAAGAACAGCUCAAAGAUGUUGCUUAUGGCACCCGACAGUUGUCGUUAUGUUUGGAAACACUGCCAGCCCAUGGAGAUGAGGAUAAAGUGGAUAUUUCUCUGCUGCGUCAGGGUGAGAAUCUUUUUGAACUGCACAUCCACCAGGCCUUCCUGACAUCUGCCGCCCUAGCUCAGGCUGGAGAUACCCAACCUACCACUUUCUGCACCUAUUCCUUCUAUGACUUUGAAACCCACUGUACCCCAUUAUCUGUGGGGCCACAGCCCCUCUAUGACUUCACCUCCCAGUAUGUGAUGGAGACAGAUUCGCUUUUCUUACACUACCUUCAAGAGGCUUCAGCCCGGCUUGAUCUACACCAGGCCGUGGCCAGUGAACACAACACUCUUGCUGCAGGAUGGAUUUGCUUUGACAGGGUGCUAGAGACUGUGGAGAAAGUUCAUGGCUUGGCCACACUGAUUGGAGCUGGUGGAGAAGAGUUCGGGGUUCUAGAGUACUGGAUGAGGCUGCGUUUCCCCAUAAAACCCAGCCUACAGGCAUGCAAUAAACGAAAGAAAGCCCAGGUCUACCUGUCAACCAAUGUGCUUGGAGGCCGGAAGGCCCAGGAAGAGGAGUUCAGAUCGGAGUCUUGGGAACCUCAGAACGAGCUGUGGAUUGAAAUCACCAAGUGCUGUGGCCUCCAGAGUCGAUGGCUGGGAACUCAACCCAGUCCAUAUGCUGUGUACCGCUUCUUCACCUUUUCUGACCAUGACACUGCCAUCAUUCCAGCCAGUAACAACCCCUACUUUAGAGACCAGGCUCGAUUCCCAGUGCUUGUGACCUCUGACCUGGACCAAUAUCUGAGACGGGAGGCCUUGUCUAUACAUGUUUUUGAUGAUGAAGACUUAGAGCCUGGCUCGUAUCUUGGCCGAGCCCGAGUGCCUUUACUGCCUCUUGCAAAAAAUGAAUCUAUCAAAGGUGAUUUUAACCUCACUGACCCUGCAGAGAAACCCAACGGAUCUAUUCAAGUGCAACUGGAUUGGAAGUUUCCCUACAUACCCCCUGAGAGUUUCCUGAAACCAGAAGCUCAGACUAAGGGGAAGGAUACCAAGGACAGUUCAAAGAUCUCAUCUGAAGAGGAAAAGGCUUCAUUUCCUUCCCAGGAUCAGAUGACAACUCCUGGGGUUCCCAUUGAAGCUGGCCAGUAUCGAGCAAAGAGAAAACCUCCUCAUGGGGGAGAAAGAAAGGAAAAGGAGCACCAGGUUGUGAGCUACUCAAGAAGAAAACAUGGCAAAAGAAUAGGCGUUCAAGGAAAGAACAGAAUGGAGUAUCUUAGCCUUAACAUCUUAAAUGGAAAUACACCAGAGGUGAAUUACACUGAGUGGAAGUUCUCAGAGACUGACAGCUUCAUAGGUGAUGGCUUUAAAAAUCAGCACGAGGAAGAGGAAAUGGCAUUAUCCCAUUCAGCAUUGAAACAGAAGGAACCUCUACAUCCUGUAAAUGCAGAUAAAGAAUCCUCUGAACAAGGUUCUGAAGUCAGUGAAGCACAAACUACAGACAGUGAUGAUGUCAUAGUGCCACCCAUGUCUCAGAAAUAUCCUAAGGCAAGGUUGGAAAACUCUUCCUUGAAAGCUGGAACUUGUGCUGAAGAAUUGCAGGAAAAUGAAGGAUAUUGGAGUGAGGAGAAACAACUCAAAGAUUCAGAGAAGAUGUGCAUUGAAAUUGUCUCCCUGGCCUUCUACCCAGAGGCAGAAGUGAUGUCUGAUGAGAACAUAAAACAGGUGUACGUGGAGUACAAAUUCUACGACCUACCCUUGUGGGAGACAGAGACUCCAGUAUCCCUAAGGAAGCCUAGGGCAGGAGAAGAAAUCCACUUUCACUUUAGCAAGGUAAUAGACCUGGACCCACAGGAGCAGCAAGGCCGAAGGCAGUUUCUGUUCGACAUGCUGAAUGGACAAGAUCCUGAUCAAGGACAUUUAAAGUUUACAGUGGUAAGUGAUCCUCUGGAUGAAGAAAAGAAAGAAUGUGAAGAAGUAGGAUAUGCAUAUCUUCAACUGUGGCAGAUCCUGGAGUCAGGAAGAGAUAUUCUAGAGCAAGAGCUAGACAUUGUUAGCCCUGAAGAUCUGGCUAUCCCAAUAGGAAGGCUGAAGGUUUCCCUUCAAGCAGCUGCUGUCCUCCAUGCUAUUUACAAGGAGAAGACUGAAGAUUUGUUCUCAUGAAGGAACACGUGCUAUUCCAAUCUAAAAGUCUCUGAGGGAACCAUAGUAAAAAGUCUCUUAUAAAGUUAGCUUGCUAUAACAUGAA